ACAAUGAUACUUCGCCUCUGAUGAAAGCACGCAGACGCAAUUCUAUGUAUGCAUUAAAAAAAUGCAGAUAAUUCUGCACUGAUUGCAAAGGCGCUCUUUAUCGAGGUGACGGAAAUAGCCCUUAUCUCGUCCGGGGGUCACGACGACACGGAGGAAUUAAGUGGUAUGGUGUGUAAAUUGUUGGUCAGUUGAAAAAAAAAUCGGAACAUAAACGUGCACGCAUGCGAAAAGUUAUUCAGGAGCACUGCGCACGGCGCACGCAGGGGGGCCGAGCGGCGGGAGACGCGCGUCCGGGCCGCUAAAGCGCGGCUCGGCGCAGCUCUUUCUGCGGAGGGCCCGGCGCGGCGGGGAGAGCGGGCGCGAGGGCGGGCGCGAGGGCGGCUGACGUCACCGGGGGCGGGGCCGCGGCCGCCGAGAAAAGGCGGCGGGCGGCGCGAGCCGUCGCAGCUGCCGGGCACGGCCUCGCCAUGAGCGGCCGCAACGCGUCCGACGAGCUCCGCGUCCUGUGUAGCCCCGGCCCGCUGUUCCUGCAGCCGCUCUGGGACGGCCUGCGGGCCCGGGAGGCGCUCCUGCAGUCGCCCUUCUUCCCGACCGUCUUCUCCAUCGGCACCUACCUGGGCUGCUGCCUGCCCUUCGUGCUGCUGGACGCGCUGUGCCCCUGGGUGCCCGCGCUGCGGCGCUACAAGAUCCACCCGGACUUCGCGCCGUCGGCGCGGCAGCUGCUGCCCUGCCUGGCGCAGACCCUCUACCAGCACGCCGUGUUCGUGUUCCCCGUGACGCUGUUGGACUGGGCCCGCGGCCCGGCCCCCGUGCCCCCCGAAGCCCCCGAGCUGCUGCAGCUGGCGCGCCACGUCGGCUGCUGCCUGCUGCUCUUCGACGCCGAGUUCUUCGCGUGGCACCUGCUGCACCACCGGGUGCCCUGGCUGUACCGCACGUUCCACAAGGUGCACCACCAGAACGCGGCGUCGUUCGCGCUGGCCACGCAGUACAUGAGCGUCUGGGAGCUGUUUUCCCUGGGCUUCUUCCACCUGCUGAACGUCACGCUGCUCGAGUGCCACCCGCUCACCGUGCUGGUUUUCCACGUGCUCAACAUCUGGCUGUCGGUGGAGGACCACUCGGGCUACGACUUCCCCUGGUCCACGCACAGACUCGUGCCCUUCGGCUGCUACGGCGGCGUGGAGCACCACGACCUGCACCACUCGCAGUUCAACUGCAACUUCGCCCCCUACUUCACGCACUGGGACAAGCUGCUGGGGACCUUCCGGUCCCCGCACGCCAAGUGAGGCGCGCGCCCCCCGGCGGGCGCGGCGGGGCGGGUGCCCCUCGCACCCGGGACUGCUGGGCGCUUCGCACUCGAAUCAGGACAGACACACCCGAGCCUUUGUGUUGUUCUGUUUUUGUAAGUAAUUUAUUACCUGAUGGAGAUUUGUGGGUAAAAUCUGAUGUAUUUUCACAGCCUGACCAAGUAAUUUAUAUCGUUUUUGCGUAUUGAGGAUUGUACUCGGAGUCUAAUUCUAGCUCACUAAAAGUAGCGUUGAUUCCUGGAUAUGUAUAUAUGAUAUAUGUAUAUCACUGGUGUAUUUAAAUCAUCUCUAAAACGUUUGUUUGUAGGACAAGGACUUUCUUAUUUUUCAAAGUGUCACAGAAAUAGGCUAAAAGAACAUAUUUUUAUGGAAAAUGUGAACAGUGAAACAUUCCUGCUGGACAGUGAUCACAGUUACAGUACUUUCCCCCAAUUUUUUCAUAUAACUGUAUAUUUAUAUUGAAUGAAAUGUUAUUUGUGCUUUAAAAGUGAAAAAAACCAACCUAAAUCAAACAAAUA